AUGAGCUCUAAGAUGAGAAAUAAGGUGCAGAAGAAGUUCAACAUGAGGGGUUACAAACUCAAAAUGGAAGCCCUAACGGAAAUCCUUGGAUUCAUCGGCCGAUUUCCCGAUGCGGAAGACGAAGCGCUCGAUCUGCUCCUCGACGAGCUGCAUAACGUCUCAUUGAAAUCGUCGAUACUGGAUAAGGAGCCGGUGCAGAACACUCCCCAGGUUAGACUUGCAGAGCUUGAAAGAGGGGCAGUUAAUGACAUGUUUGUGAUACUCUCUGAUGUUUGGCUAGACCAUGAGGAGACUAUGGAGAAACUUGAGAUCAUCCUCAAUGGUUAUGAGAAUGAGAAUGUAGUCCCGUCUCUGUUCAUUUUCAUGGGAAACUUCUCUUCUCAUCCAUGUAAUCUUUCUUUUAGUUCUUACUCCAGCAUCAGAUCAAACUUUGGGAGGCUAGGCAAAAUGAUUGCGGAUCAUCAACGUCUAAAAGAACAUAGUAGAUUUCUUUUCAUUCCUGGUCCUGAUGAUAUAGGACCUUCACAUGCUCUACCCAGAUGCUCGUUGCCAAAAUACAUAAUUGAGGAGUUUCAAAGUCACAUUCCAAAUGCUGUAUUUAUGAGUAAUCCUUGCAGAAUCAGAUUUUAUACGCAAGAAAUUGUAUUUCUACGUGAAGAUAUGCUUUACAAAAUGCGUAGAUCAUGUCUGAUGCCUCCUUUAACUGAAGAAACAAGCGACCCAUUUGAGCAUCUUGUUGCUACCAUAGUGCAUCAAAGCCAUCUUUGCCCUCUGCCCUUGAGCGUACAGCCCAUAAUUUGGAACUUUGAUCACUGUCUUCAUUUGUAUCCAACUCCACAAACAAUUGUCUUGGGGGAUAGAAGUGAGCAGAAGGCAUUCAAGUACACUGGAGUUACAUGCUUUAACCCUGGUUCCUUCUCAAAUGACUUCACUUUUGUGGCCUAUCGACCUUGCUCGCAGGAAGUUGAACUAUCGGCUGUGUAAGUAUGUAUUCCUGUGGUUAAAUGCACAAAUAGACAUUUGAGAAUUGAGUGUUCCUAUCUAACUGGGACAUAGCUCUUUGGAAGUCUUAUUAUUAAAUUUGUAGGGUUGAAUUUAUUGAAAAGUUGCUGCAAAUAUUGUAUUCUCCUUGUAGGUCAGCAACCUCAUUUCUAUGAUCCUCUGUAAUUUUUAGAGUUUAUGAUGCAAUUUUACCCGGCUAAGCUUGUGGGCGAAUUUCCAUUUUAUGUAAUGUAAUUGUAUACAUACCUGACUCAGAAUAACUCCCUAAACAUUAUAGUUUUGAUUUUCAAAUU